UUAUUAAUAAGAUUAGUUACGCAAGGAGAAGAAUUCAAACCCUAGAAUUCGAAUUCUCUCUCUAGAUUUUCCAUGGGAAUCACCGAGAAGCUGAUGCAGCAGAUCAUGGAUCUGAAAUUAACCUCGAAGAUCCUGCAGCGUCAGGCUCGCAAGUGCGAGAAGGAGGAGAAGGCGGAGAAGUUGAAGGUGAAGAAAGCGAUCGAGAAAGGUAACAUGGACGGAGCGCGGAUCCACGCUGAGAACUCCAUACGCAAGCGCAACGAGCAGAUGAACUAUCUCCGCCUCGCGUCGCGGCUCGACGCUGUGGUAGCGCGUCUCGACACGCAGGCGAAGCUGACCGCGAUCAGCAAGUCAAUGGGGAGCAUCGUCAAAUCGCUCGAAUCGUCGGUCGACACUGGGAACUUGCAGAAGAUUUCGGAGACGAUGGACCAGUUUGUGAGGCAGUUCGUCAACAUGGAAGUUCAGGCCGAGUUUAUGGAGAGUUCUAUGGCUGGAAGCACUUCUCUCUCCACUCCUGAAUGCGAGGUCAACAGCCUUAUGCAGCAGGUGGCUGACGAUUACGGCCUGGAGGUGUCUGUGGCUCUGCCCCAGCCCGCGGCUCAUGCAGUGUCCGUGAAGAACAGUGAGAAGGUCGAUAUGAAUGCUUUUCCACGCACCAUGGGAACAAACACAUCAGAGAUAUUCACAUUUUUCUAUAGAGUAUAGAUUUGCGCUGGAAAAACGUACAUCAUUUACUUUUUUUUACUUAUAAUUUUAUC